AUGGAACUAGUCACAGGCAUUUUAAAAUGCAAUAAGAAUCUCAUUCUAAGUCAACGAUUAUUUUUAUCCACUUCUCAGAAAACAUUAGCAGCACAACAAACGAUUACAGUUCGUGAAGCUAUUACAAAUGCAAUGGACGAAGAAAUUGGACGUGAUGAUCGUGUAUUUUUAAUUGGUGAAGAAGUUGCACAGUAUGAUGGAGCUUAUAAAAUGUCAAAAGGUUUAUGGAAAAAGUAUGGUGAUAAACGUAUUAUUGAUACACCCAUUACAGAAAUGGGAUUUGCUGGUUUAGCUGUUGGAGCUGCAAUGGCUGGUCUACGUCCUGUUUGUGAGUUUAUGACUUUUAAUUUUGCUAUGCAAGCAAUUGAUCAUGUUAUCAAUUCAGCAGCAAAAACUUACUAUAUGUCUUCAGGAAAAGUUAAAGUUCCGAUUGUCUUUCGAGGACCAAAUGGAGCGGCAAUGGGUGUAGCAGCUCAACAUUCUCAAGAAUAUGCUUCAUGGUAUAGUCAAUGUCCCGGACUUAAAGUUAUAUCACCCUAUUCAGCAGAAGAUUGUCGAGGAUUAUUAAAGGCAGCAAUUAGAGAUGAUGAUCCAGUCGUAUUCUUAGAAAAUGAACUUAUUUAUGGUUUACAAUUUCCUAUAUCCGAAGAAGCAUUAUCACCUGAUUUUGUAUUACCAAUUGGAAAAGGAAAAAUUGAACGAGAAGGAAAAGAUGUUACACUUGUUUCUCAUUCAAAAGGUGUUCAUUUAUGUUUGGAAACGGCAAAAGAAUUAGAACAAAAUGGUAUUGAAUGCGAAGUAAUUAAUCUUCGUUCACUUCGUCCACUCGAUGAAGAUUUAAUUAAACAGUCAGUGAAAAAAACACAUCAUCUUGUAACAGUUGAAUUAGGAUGGCCUCAAUGUAGUAUUGGAGCUGAAGUUAUAUCAAGAAUAUGUGAAAGUGAUGCAUUCGAUUAUCUUGAUGCACCACCAUUACGUGUGACUGGAGCAGAUGUACCAUUAGCCUAUGCAAAAACUCUUGAACAUAACUCAUUGCCACAAGUAGCAAAUCCUCUUAUUGUAAUGUUAAUUUGCAUACUAUUAAAAAUGCCUUAUGCUAACACCCCAACUGUUAAUGUUAGCGAAGUAACAGAGGACAAUAUCAAAUUUAUAGUUGAAAAUACUGAUUUAAGCGUGGCAAAUGGAAUAAGACGAUGUAUGAUAGCCGAAACACCGAUAAUAGCUAUUGAUAGUGUACAAAUAGAUUCGAAUACCACAGUGUUAUUUGAUGAGUUUUUGGCACAUCGAAUUGGAAUGAUUCCAUUAUAUAGUGAAGAAUUAGUCGACAGAAUGUUAUAUCAUCGUGAUUGUACAUGUGAAGGAUACUGUCCGAGUUGUGCUGUAGAAUUAACAUUGGAUGUUAAAAAUAAAGAUGAAUCAACACGAAAUGUAACUACUGCUGAUUUAAUUUCAGCUGAUCCACGUUUAGUACCUGUAACAUCACGUUCAAAAAAUGAUGAUGAAACACAAGAUUUAUAUGUUGAACAUAUUUUAAUUGUUAAAUUACGUAAAGGUCAAGAGUUAAAAUUGAAAGCUUAUGCACGAAAAGGUUUUGGUAAAGAACAUGCUAAAUGGAUACCGACAUGUGGUGUAUCAUUUGAAUAUGAUCCCGAUAAUAUUUUACGACAUACUGUUUAUCCUGUACCAGAAGAAUGGCCUCAUUCAGAACAUUCCGAAUUAGCAGAAGAUCAACAUCAAGGCCAAUUUGAUCCAAAUAAAAGUCCAAAUAAAUAUUAUUUCAAUGUUGAAUCAAUUGGUGCACUUAAACCUGAAACAAUUGUGUUAUCGUGUUUAAAUGUUUAUGAACCGUUUACAAAUCAAGAUGACAUACAAAACAUGAGUGAAGUCGAUUCUGAGAUAGCUGAAAAUAAUCCUGUGAUUGUUAAUGAAGAAGAAGACAAGGUUCUUCGUCGAUCGGAAACUCUUGCUGGGACGCCAACACAAUCACAAACUGAAAUACGUCCACGUUCAAAAACAAUUUCCACCGGCACUAGUACAUCCGAUGAUCAUCAAUCGUUGCCCUCUCAUGCACAAACCGGUUUCAAUCUGCUACAGUCAAUUAAAGAUCUUACACACCAAGAAUUAUUUCGAGCAAAUCCACUCGGUUUACUUGGGAAAGAAGUCAUCGCUGCCACAGGCACCAACAAUCCACCGGAGCCUGUAGCUCCUUCCACCGAAGAACCAACAUCAUCUUCAUCUCCAAAUAAACUGUCACCAAUUCGUGAAAAUGAACCACAAGAAUUACAGUUUCAUUUAUCAGAUGAACAAUUGCAACAACAACAAUCACGUCGUCCAACGAUAGCUGAUGCUGCAACACCACAAAUUCCUGUUUUAUUCGAACUCGACGCUGACUUGCUUGCAGUACAAGGUGGUGCACUUCUUCUAUCGCCUUUAAAUCCCGCAACAACCAAACUUGAUUUCAUUCCCGAUACAAUGACUAUCAAUGUUUUUGAAGUGUUUAUCUACGCUUGGGGGGUAUUUGCAUUUUUUUUCGAUAUGGUGACUGAUAUAAUUUUGGCUCAUGCCUAUUAUGGCGAAGGAAGUUACUGGUUAUUUAUUUUAACAUUAGCCUGUGUUGUCGUUCCAAAUUUGACGUUGUCAUUAUUCAGUUUGGUAUGGUAUAUGGACGGUCCGAAAGGAUUAUCACAAACAACACCAUUAGUCAAUGAUGAUUCGUGUGAAACAAGUUCUGCCGAAUCGGACGAUGUAAAACAAAAGGAAGGGCAGCAACAACAAAAUAAAGGAAAUGGUGCCGAUCCUGAUACUCUAAACAGAAGACGGACAGUAUCUCAUGAAUCAAAUCGUCGGACAUCAUUCUCACAAACAGAUGACAUAAAAAUUAGAAGAAAUAGUUUAGAUGAACCCGAUGCUCAUGUUAAUCGAGCAAGAUAUUCACCACAAACGCCACCAUCGGAGAGAAAAAAAGUGAAUACGAGCGAUGAAAUAGUCGCGCAACCAUCGUCAGCAACAUCGAAUGCACUCCGUUGGAUUAUUCGUAUUAUCAUUCUCGUAUUACAGCUAGAUCUUUGCUUAAAAUACAUUCGCGGUUUAUAUUACACGUACAAAGGUUAUAGGCAUAGAAAAAAUAAAGAAUGGCAACGAUAUUAUUUGACAAAGCAAAUAUUGAUUGAUGCUGAUAUUGCAUUAUUAAGAGUUUUCGAUGUAUUUAUGGAUUCUGGUUCGCAAGUGAUAUUACAACUUUAUAUUAUGUUGAAAGAUUCAAAGUCACUAAUAUAUGAUGCAUUAUUUUUGAAACAAAGUUUAUCAAUUGUCUCAUCCUUAGGAGCACUAGCUUACGGAUUAAGUGGCUAUUCACGUUGUCUACGUCAUAUGAUGUUAACUCAUUCAACAGUUGAUUGGCCAAAAGAUAAACCAGCACCAAAACCCGUUACAUGGUGGGCUACUAUCAUACACUGGGUAUGGUAUCUCUUUUUAAUUACACCAAGAGUAUUAGCAUUGGCCAUGUUUGCUGCAUCUUCGCGUUCAUGGUUUUGGAUCAUUAUUUGUGCUCAUUGGAUGGGAAUGUUAUUUUGGAUAUUACGAUUUAGAACCGGAUUUUGUAUCAGUGAUCAAAGUAAAUACAUCCCACGUGAAGCAAUAUUUGAAAAAUGUUACAAUAUUGUUUGUUCUUAUAUAUAUAUUUUUUGCUAUAUGAAUUUGACUGAAGGUCAUACUCGUCAACGUUAUAUUGCAUUUUAUACUGUUUAUUACAUCGAAAAUAUUGCAUUUUCUGUUAUUUAUGCUGUACAUAGUCAAGAAAAAAAUUUAUUAUUUAAAUAUUCAUUAGUAACAUUUGUUUGUACAGGUUUUUGGUUUGCUGUCUUAUUCCAGUUUGUCUAUUAUCAAUGUUUUCAUCCAUCUGAUCAUGUUCGAGCAAAUGUUAAAAAAGAUUUUACAUUAAUGAUUCGAAAUCGAACAUUACCUAUAUUCGAUAGAAAUCGAACAAAUAUUCAGAAGUCAAAAUCUUAUGAUGAUAUUCUUGAAAAAGAUAUAAAAAAUCAGGAUAAAAGUUCAUCAUUCGAUCAGACAACAGAUAAACCGUUGAGAAAAACAACAAGCGAAGAAAAUAUUAAUGAAGCAACACAUAAUCGAUUUUCAAAACAAAAUCGACAAACAUUACUAUCAAAACAACAAACAAUUGAACAACAACAUCGAUUAAAUCGAUCCACUUCUGAUCAACAACAAGAGGAAAUACAUCGAUCUCAUCCGAAACAAAAAGAUUCAUCAUCAUUUUCAUCAUUCUCCGGAAAUAAAACCAAACAGCAUCAUAAUUCGUUCCUAAGUAAAAUCUCUAAUGUAUUAAAUCGACCAUCACCAAUUCCACUUGAUUAUUCAAAAGAUAACAAUGUUGAAUAUCGUACUAAACAAUCAUCAUCACGUCGUCCAUUUUUCGAUAUUCCAAGUGCAACGAUGUCUCUACAAGAACCGUUAUAUUUAAAUAUGGACGAAGAUAAUGAUGAUGAAAAUCCACUUAAUACUAAUAAAAAUGUAUCAAAACGAAAAGCAGAAGGACAUCAUCGUUCACAUCAAUCAACUCAUUUGUCAUCGAUAUCUGAUUCUGUUUAUGCCAAUGAACAAUUAAUGUAUAAAAUACAUGAAAAUAAUAAUGAUGAUGAGUCGUCAAAGAGAUACAAAAACAAUAGAAGUAACAACGAAAAACAUAUUGUGCUAAAUGCUAAAUCACUAACAGCUAUAGUCAAAACAAUUGAUAAUGAUAAUAGCAAUAAUCAAGAAAAUUACAUUAUUAAUAAUAACAUCACUACUGUUGGUUCUUGUGAUUAUCCUGUUAACAAGUUCAGUACCAUUGACCAAAACAAUGAACAAUUAAAUUUAAAUAACAGUGAUAAAUCAAUUGAAUUAAAAUAUUUUUUAUUAACUCAUUGUCUUCCUUCUUUAUUUCUAUUUUCUACUUCAUGUUCAUGUUCAAAUUCUUGUAUAUGUCAUCAAUGUUCAACAAUUAUUGAUUAUUGUAUCAUUGAUGAGACCAUCUUAAUUGAAGAAAAAGAACAAAAUUAUUAUAUAGAUAAUUGUAAAAAAAAAUUAGCACAUGAUGUACUUAACAGUGAUGUCGUAUUACUACCUGUUCACAGUUGUCAUUGUUCUUAUCCUUUUACAAAAGAUUUAUAUAAAUCAUUUUCAUUUAAUCAUUCUUCCACAUCAUGUACAUAUUUAUUAUUUUGUAAAACAAUUUCUUAUUUAACUUCUAAUUUGCUAUCAUCUAAACAAUCUUUCUCAACAUGUAGUUCAAAAACAUUAGCUCCAAGUGAGAAUUAUUCAAGUAAAACAUUAACACCUACCUCUUCACCAUUAGCAUUAACAUUACAAAUAUCAUCAUCUUAUCCAAAUGCCAAUUAUUUUCCUCAUUUAAUUGGUGUACCAUUAUCAUCCACUUAUCCAUUUUCAACCCAACCAUAUCAAAUAUCAGCAUCACCUUCCAUAGUACGAUCAUCGUCAACUUUACCAUCUAUUGGAUCAUUACCAAGUAAACUUUUUAUAAAUUCAAAUCAUACGAAUGCAGCGACUGAUAAUUUUACUACUUCUGCAUCCUAUCCACCACCAUUUUCCACAAUAAAAAACACACACAAGAUUAGUGAGAUUUGUCAAUCAACGAAAACAUCUUUAAAAUCAUCAGAUAAUAUUUCAACUGUCAAUAAUUACCAAAAUACAUAUUCUAACAGCAAAAAUUCUAGUCACGACCAAUCUAGUCAUAAUAAAUUAGUGAACACUUAUACAAAAAAUUCUAAAUUACCCAUAUCAUCUUCAUUAUCUUGUCUUCUUGUUAAUCCACAAAACAAACAACGAUCAUAUCAGCGAUUAAAAUCAUUUCUCUCAUCACAAAAUCAUCAUCGAAAAACAAAAUCUCUGUUUCGUCAUUCAGUAGCCAAUUGUUAUUCGUCAUCAUCAAUACAUCAAAUGAAAUUAUUACCACAUCGACGUAGUUUUAGUGUUAAUUAUCGAAAAAGAUAUUCGCCUCUUUCGUCUCGUCUGCUAUUAACAACACCACGAACUCAUUUUAUCUUAGAUAGAAUUUUUGCGUUUUCAAAUGAAACAAUUGUUUGA